CGGGAGUGGCUUUAUCUGAGAAAAAAGACAGCAGCAUACCUCAGUUGAAUGAAAGAAGCUGGCGAGCUCGAGUCGAGGGGGACUUAAGCAAACUUUCUAUCCUUCACGCACCAUGGCGUACGCAAUGUAUUGGGCGCGCAACAAUGGAGACACUUCAUUUCAAAAACAAGAAUACGCUCCACAGACAUCAAGGUUCAUGUCUCAGCAGGUCACACCCACCACAACAUCUCAGGUCUCCACAGUGAAACCUGCACAAUAUGAGAAAGGAGCUACACAAUCGUCUACAGCAGCUGCGACUGUCAAAUCCGGCGCUGGAGAUCCUGCAACCACCCAGAAAGGAUCUUCUCAAGUCAAACCUCAGGUCACAGAUUCUAAAUCAACACCUGCAUCUUCUGCUAAAGUCUCAGCUGUGAGCUCUGGGACUGGAGUUGCUGGUACAACCGGUGGAGCAGGAGUGAAACCAGCAGAUCCUGCAAAAGAUACGCCUCAGAGCACCACCAUUCCUUCAACCAAACUGGGACCUGCUAAGGUGGAUCCGGCUGCUGGGAAGCCCUCUGGCUCAGCUGGUGCCCAAAAACAGACAAGUGCUCAAAAGGUGCAGGUUGAAGUGGGUCCUUCAGCAGCAAAAGUCAGUGCAGAUGCUGACGAUCCGUUUGAUGCCCUGUCUGGCACAUUACCAUCAUCACAACCUUUGGCUCCUAAAGUCCACUACACUGGACCUGAGAUCAAAGAGCCCAAACUGAAAUCAGAGAAAGGUGUUUUGUGUGGUGAGCGAGAUGACACGCUGCCGCCCGGAUACAGAAAGGAAGACCUGGAAAAGAAGCAUGGAGCUGGAGUUCCAGCUGGAGUUCCGGAGAAGCCUAAAGAAGUUCCCAAGCCCAUAAGCACAGAUGAUGCACUGGAAUCUCUCUCCUCUACGUUUGUGUCUCCAGCUCAAGCUGCUCCAAAGAAGACAGACGUGAAAACUGAAACAAUAGGAGCAGUGGAUGUUAAAUCGGCAGGCACCACUAACUUUGCUCCCCCUCCACCAUCUCAGCAGAAACAACCGGCGUCGUCUCAAGCUGCUGCUGUAACCAAAUCACCUGCUCCACCGGCAGACAAGAAAGCUAAAAUGGAGACUCAUGCACAACCAGCCAAAGCAAAGACAGAGUCGGACAGCUCCAUAUCGCUGGACGCUCUCGAUGCUUUGAGCGACACACUGGGGGCUUCUAAACCACCCCAAAAAUUACCAGAACUCAAACCUGGACAGAUAGUUGAUGAGAAGAAACAGACCUCAGAGAAAGGUGUUCGUGUUGGAGAAAGAGACGACACACUUCCACCACAAUACAGAUUCAAAGAGGAAGAUCUCAAGAAAUAUCCUCCACCUGCGAAAGAGCCUUCACUGAACACAGAUGAUGCGAUGGACAUACUUUCAGGAGAUUUCACGACCCCUGCAUCGGCACCUGUUGUCAAAGCUCCUGUUCCUCCUGCACAGGACACAAAGAAGCAUGCUGCAGUGCCUGAGAAGACCAAAGAUAUUCCCAAGACUAAAGCUGAUGCUCUGUCAAGUGAUUUCGUGGCUCCGGCACAUUCUGCUCCUAAGGUUUCUUCAGCUGCUCCUAAAACCAUCCCUCCAGGCCCACCACAAACCCCAGAUGAGGAUCCUUUCAGUGCUUUGGGCGACACUCUUUCUGCCCCAGAACCACCAAAAAAACAACCUGACCUGAAACCUAAGGACAUCGUACAUGAGAAGGAUGUGACGUCAAAGAAAGGAGUUCGUGUUGGAGAAAGAGACGACACACUCCCACCAGAAUACAGAUUCAAAGAGGAAGAUCUCAAGAAAUAUCCUCCUCCUCAGAAAGAUCCUUCCUUAGAUGCUAAUGAAGCUCUGGAUAUUCUGUCUGGGGAUUUUACAACUCCUUCCGCACCAUCGGCUGUUUCCCCUGCCUCUAAAUCCUCUGCCAAGUCUUCAGAUUCAGCUUUAGAUGCUCUUGCUGGUGAUUUCGUCGCUUCUUCUUCUGCGUCUUCAGUUCAUUCUGCCGUCUCUGGCCCCCCACGCUCCGACAGACUGUUGUCAGACGGAACCUCAUCAGCUCUAGAUGCCCUGUCAGAAACUCUGGGAGACAUUAAAGCAGCCCCUGAACCCGCCCCUGUCCUACCUAAAACUGUCGUUAAGGAGAAGACGGUCAUAGAAGAGAGAGUGAGUAAACCGGGUGAGAGAGACGACUCCCUUCCACCAGAUCAGCGGUUCACUGCGGAGGAUCGCAAGGCAUUUGAAGAAGCAAAGAAGAAAGACGCCAAACCAAAACAGCCAUCAAUGGACGAUUCAGCGGCUCUGGACAUGUUGUCUAGUGAUUUUUCAGAUGUACCGACUGUAAAGCCCACUGUAUCUGAUGGCAAAAGCUUCACCCCUGAACCAACACCACCAACCUUUAAGGCAACCGGUCCGGUUUUAGACAAACUGGCAGACAACGUGCUUUCCAACCUGACUGACCCCAAAGCCAAAGACAGCAAAGCAAAGGGAAAGGGGGCGAAACCAAAGUCUAAACCAAAGAAACAGGCAGUGGAAGACUCUUCAGCCACAGAUCUGCUGUCCAGUAAACCGAGCUCAGAUGUGGUGCCUUCAGCUUCCACAAAGGCUGGAAAAAGAUAAAUUACAAAUUUAUGAUGUGUCAUCCCUAACACAAGAAACCAUUAAAGGGAGCUGCUCGGACAAGAAAAAUAUUUUAUGAUGGACAUGGAAUGAAACAAAAAUGAAAAAAUUAUAUAUAUAUAUAUAGAACUGCACAGAGACACUUACACGUUCUUAGAGCCCCCUUCUCUUUUCUUCUAAAGCAAAGCAAAAAUCAUAGCGAUCAUUAAUCUCUUCAUGGCUGACAGAACAUGUAUAUACAGAAUGGUGUUUACAUCGAGUGCAUGUAUGGUUCUCUGGUCAUUAUUCAAUGGUAAAAAAAAAUAAACUAUGCCAUGUGUGUGUGUAUAUGUGUGUGUGUGUGUGUGUGUGUGUGUGUAUAUAUAUAUAUAUAUAUAUAUAUAUAUAUAUAUUAAUCAUCUAUACUGGGGGUCUCUAGCAUCUUCCUGUGUGAAGAUCUGUGGAGACCCUUGUGUACAGAGAUGGUGUAUACUGUAGGUUAUAAAUUUGUUUACAGUCAGUACAGAAAUGGCAAUGGAUUACCGUGAUUAUGAUGCUUUUUGAAUGCUGUUGUAUGUCUGGUUAAUGACACUAGUCAAAAAAAAAGGUUUGCUUGGGAGGUGUUUCUUUUAUUUUUCGUUUCCUGAAGUGCACUUACAAGGAUGCUUUCGAAAAAACAAAUGUAAUAACUUUGCAAACACUAAACGUGCCUGUCGUCAUCAUAAGUGUUAGAGGAUCAUUUGGAAAACUUUUUAUUUUAGUUCCACAUGAAUUUGGAGAUUGUUGUAGGUUACAAAUCAAUUUUAAAUGUAUUUUACAGUAUAGGUUGAAAGGUGUUGCAUUAGAAGUGGUGGGGAAAACUGAAUCUUUAGCUUUUUUUUUUUCAAUCGGUUGUGUUGGUUUUAAGGGUGGCCACAACAUUGCCGUUAUGGACUUUAAAGUGUUCAUAUUACAUCCAGAGCUGAUAGAAACCAAAGUAUGACCUUUGAACCCAGCAGUUUCUUCCAUAGGUUUUGCUGUUCCUUAAUGUUUAACAGAUGCAGACAGGUUUUCCUGGAGCAUUUAGAGAUGUUGUGUGCUAUUAAUUGUAACAGGACGGUAUUUUUAAGAAGGGAUUUUUAUUCUUUAAAACAACAAAACAAAUUUGAACUAAUGAAAAAUAUAAGACCUUUUUGUUUUGGAAUAUUCAGUUCUUUAAAUCUUUAUGCAAAUAAAGAUGUAUUGAUGAUUGCG